UUUCUCGCGCGCGACGCAGUGUAGUCGACAGCAUCCCGCGGGUGGUCUCGAUCGAAGGGAGAGACAAGGCCCGGGAGAGCCGACGAUCCGUCUCUCUUCUCUUUUCUCUUCUCUUUCUCUUUUCAACCUUUGCACUUUUUACCCUUUGGCGAUCUAAUCCCUUUUGGCAUCAUCUCGCUUCUUUCUCCCUUAUCCUUAUUCCUUUCUUUUUUGCCGUCCUUUCGAUAACCGUCCUCUUAUUCGCGGAAGAAAAUAUGAAAUGAAUGAAUCGAAAAAAGAAAAAUUCAUUUACCGGAUCAAGUGAAGGUUAUCGAAAUAAAUCGUACGAACGCGAUCUGUGACUCUUUAUAGAUAGAGAAAAGAAGAACAGAGAAGGAAAGAGAGAGAGAGAGAGAGAGAGGGGGGAGGAGAAGAAUAUUACAGAUAGAGGAUUAAAUAGAAGAAGAAGUAGAAGAGAGACGGACGGUGGCAGGAAAGGAAGAACGCGCGAGCGGAAGAGAUUUGAGCGUGGCGGUUGUUCCGAGAAUACGCGGAAGCGAGAAAGGAAAAGAAAAAGAGAAGGAGGAGAAAGAAGUGGAGGAGGAAGUGGAGGAGGAGGAAGAGAAGGAGUAAAGAGGAGAGGAGAGGAAAGAGGAGGUAUCAGUUACUCUGGCGUCUCGUUCAUCUCAUCCAGUUCGGUUCACGUUCGUGUUCGGUCGCGUGCAAAAGAAGAGACAUACGUACGCACACAUAUACGCACAAACAUACAUAUAGAAUCGAUCGUUUUCAUCGAUACACAUCCGUCCAUAUAUUUUCUAUUUGGAGAAUUUACCUUCGACCUUUUAAUCGUGGUCUUUUCUACCACGCAACGCGUAAAAAUUCAAGCGUGAAAUUAGAACGGAUUUAUCGGUAACAUCUCCGAAAGGAACCUUCUCCGGACACGAAGUUUUACAAAUCGAAGCGAAGUGAUAAAUUCGAUCGGUUAGUGUCAUCGAUCUUUUGUUUACAACGUGUUUGUGUUAGUGCCAGUGAUAUCUUUCUUACGACGUACGAACGAAAAUGAUAAAAUUAGAAGAAUGAAUUGGAGACAUAAUGUUACAACACGAAAUACAUAUGUACUUGCUUAUAUACAAGACGUUAAUCGCUCGUCAAUGUUUACUUACGUUACGAUAAGACGGAUGGAUAAGAGAACGGCUAUGGACAUUAUAAAAAGAUAAUCUUCGAUCUCGUCGACAAAAAGGAAAAAAGAAACAAAGAGAGAAAGAGAAAGAGAGAGAUACUACGUUCUAAAUAAAAAAAUCUAAAGGAGUGAAGUUUACGAGUCUAAUGAAAUCAUCGUGCAAUAGAGUUGUUGUGUUACAUAUACGUACAUAUAUAUAGACACAUAUAUAUAUGUGUGUGUGUAUGUGUGUUGGAAAAAUAGAGAGACAUAAUAAUGUAUGAGAUCGAGAGCGCGUGCGCGUUGACGUGCGUGUUGGCGCACGUCAAACGAGAUCACGCUACGAGAUAAUUACGACGACAAGUCGUCCCCGUGGAUGAAUGAACGUGACCCGCACAUUUUUUUCUGCUCGACGUGGAGAAGGAGGCGAAAGAGGAGAAGAAGAAGAAGAAGAAGAGGAAGAGGAGGAGGAGAAGGAGGAAGAAGAAGAAGAAGAAGAAGAAAAGGAAGAGGAAGAAGUAGUAGCAACGGUAGCGGCGGUGAAGGGUGGGAAAGAAGAAAAAGAAGGGGAAGGAGGUGGACGAAGAGGAACGUUUCGCGUCUUCGUAAGAGAGAAAAAGAAGAAAAAAAAGAAGAAGAAGAAGAAGAAGAGAAUAGCGGUUUUCAUAGCGCAGAUUUAUUCGCAACGUGCCAACAGUACACUUUCGUGAUAUACGCGAGUGCCAAGAACCGCUACUUUCGAAUAGAUACACAAAUUAAACACGAAAAAUACGAAACCAACGGAAUGGACCAUUCGAGAUUUUAAAAGAAAGAAAGUUUGAAAUAAAAGAAAGAAAAAAAAAAAGAAAAGAAAGGGUAGCGAUCGUUUAUCGUAUGCACUGAUACUCUAACAUUUGAUUUUAUCGUGUAUCGUCGUUUUUGUUAUGAGAAUCAAAGAUUAUAAUGGAAAGGAAAAUUACCGAAGCACGGCCGAAGAUCGAAAUCGUACGUGUCUCAUCCAUCGAACGGCGAAAUUUUCGCCCUUUGGAUGGGGUGCAGCUACGUGCUGCUUAUAGUCAUGUCAGAGUUGGUAUUUAUUGCCCGGAACCGGAAACAACGAAGCCCGUCGUUUGCGAUACCAAACCGCCGAUCGAAUACACGAGGAAAUUUAAAAAAAAUUUGGGACCAGUAUCGAGACUGCUGAGACGUCGUCAUCACGCGACAUGCCUUGCAACCAAAUCCUGUGAUAACAUUUAUAGCGUGAAUAGAAAUAGUAAUUCAUUGGACUGGAGACUAGGACAAAGUGGGAACGAGCAAGGACUGCAAUCUCGACAAAGCAGUAGCUUAGAUUGGAGAGUAGGAAGAUCUGUCACUUUUGGUUCCAACAAGCUCCAUUGGCGAAAUGCCACUCGUAGUGCGGAACAACUUUCUGCCAAUACUCCGAUCGGUUCUGAUCAUAUUCAAACGCCAAGUACCAAAUCUAAACUCGUCUCCCUUCUUAGACGACUAUCACCUCGUCUUUCACGACCCGGAAGCAAAGGAUCCUUGCAAUCAUCACCGACGAUCUGUCCAUGGGUCCAAGUAGAAUAUUCGACCGAAUCGAUCGAUGCCUCCAAGCGAGAAGAGUCCCAAGAGAGUGACUUGAGUUUUCAACAGGAAUUACAGUUGAACGAGCUGAGAAAACGUAUGGCCGGAAUCGCUUCUACUUCUCAGGUUAUUACGAAAUCUACGAACGAUAACGAAGAUCAAAUCGUGCCACAUCAUCCGACCUUUCAAGUGCAGGAAUCCGACAGCAUCGGUCGUAACGACUGCAUCCACACAGCCGUGCACGAGGAUCGCGGAGAGGAGAAGCCGUCGUCGAGGGAUCGUCGUCGAUCGAACGUCGAUCGCGAAUCGACUCGGCGUUGUGGGGUGGGUGGAGCCGCCGAGCUACCGGGCCUGGAGGAGUUUGGGGACUCCUGCGUCGCGACGGUGACGUCCUCGGUACCCGGGGCUGGGCUGAGCUCUGGUCGACGCACCAGGCCCCUUUCUCUUGCCGUACAACCUCUCAACUAUCAUCGUCUCGAUCCAGACGCCACAGGCGACGAACUCGAUCAUCAUCUUCUACCCAACAUGACCAGUCAGGAGAGCAUCGGAAGCUGCAGCUUGGACGUCGAUCGUUCCGUCUCCGACCGAUCAGAGAACACCAUAGAUUCCGUCUCAGAGAGAACGCUGCACAGUCUUAACUUGUCGUGUAACGGUGAGCCGAUUUCCACGGCGGAAAAUUUGGUGAACGGUAGCAGCGAGACGCUGCAAAAGUCCCAUCUCACUCCCGAUGAUAAGGUGAUCGUCAGCAAUGGUCAUCGUUGCAGUCCCGAGCCAGAACAGCUGACAGCUAAAAAGCCAAGUUACUUGGGAUUGGCUUGCAGUAUUAGCGGCUACUCAGGCAUCACCAGGUACGAUAGUAAAUUGAGAGAAGGUUUCCGAUCGAGAGACAGCAGCCCUGGUACAAGACUGAUCACUAGGGAUACUAGUCCUGCAGGUUUCAAAUCAAACGAGAAUUUAAGUGUUCCGAUACAUCAUUAUCCGCCUAAGAGUCAAUCAAUUUCACCGCUCGCAAUGGAUCGACAAAAUGGUUUCGCUAACGGUAUGAAGGAGGAGUGUAAGAUAGAAACGUAUAGAGAAACGAGAAAUUCGAUGAGUAUAUGUCAGGGCUUCUCCGAGGUCGAUAAAGGGGUAUCCAUACAUACAACGUUUCCCGAUGUAAGCCCUAUUAGGGUAAAUUCUUCCUCGAGGAGGAGUCCUGGGAUCGUACAAGUGAUGUCCUGCGGUCAACAAACGAAAUCCUUUUCAUCGAACUAUGCCGAGUCAUCACCGAAACCUUCUACGAUAAAUGUUUCAAAUACCUCGUUUAGCGAUACAAGUAUAUUGAACGGUUCGAACGUCGAGAUUGAACAUCAAACUACGAAUACCUCUUCCAGCAGCGAAAAGUCCUUCAUCCAGCAACGCGUCGAACGACUGUAUGGUCCUGGAGCUCUCGCACAGGGUUUCUUCUUUAAACGCAGCGUUACUAAGCUAAACGUUACUGACAAUAGUUUUAAUAAAUUUAGUAAUAAUAGCGACAACUCGACGGACAACGUUAAUACCGAGGAGUCCUUGAAGAAUCUGCCAGUCCUUAGACAUCUUCGGCCUGAAUUUCGUGCUCAACUACCUGUGGUCAGUUCCAGAAAACCUACGGACGGUUCCGAACAAAUAAUAAAACCAUUGCGAAGGAUAUCGCCAGCUCCGCGCAAAACUGAACAACAAUCAAAAGUUUGUAAAACUUCUCACGUCUCGGAGAGUGUUACGGAAUCGUCAAGCCAGCACAAUAACAGCAUCGCUAGUAUACCGGAUCAGCAACCCGCAGCACCGAAGGUAGUGUUACCCGUUUUAGAACCAAGUGCUAGUUCCAGUAACGUGGCAAAGCAAAUGCAGGAGUUAGAGAAAACGACUGAAGAAAAGAACGGACACUAUUUUUUGAAACUGUUGAAACAAGAAACGGACAGACUUUUGUCAUUAGCUGCGUCAGCGGAAGCCGAGUUGGCCAGUGGCGAUCCCGUUGCAUUACCCGAGGAAGCAGCUGGUAAAUUGAGAUCGGCCGCUGGCAAAGCGAGAUUGUUAGCUUCGCAAAAAAUGCAGCAGUUCGAGGGAUUGUGUCAAAAAAAUAUUAAUCAAGUGCCAGGCGAAGAAUUUCCAACGACGAACGAAGACUUGGCUGGCUUUUGGGAUAUGGUGAUGCUGCAAGUAGUUCAAGUAAAUGAACUUUUCGAUCAAAUUGAAAAGUCCAGAAAAUCGCAGUGGCAAGAGAUUGUGCCAGAGAAAAAGAGCAAUGCAUCUAUUUCGCAAAAUGGUAGUGCUGCCAAACGUCGAAUACCGCCCGUUCAUAAAACUAAGCCUACUGCGAACAGCGAAGCCAAUAAAAAGGCACGAGAAGCAAGGGAGCAAGCGAGACGACAGAUGAUAGAAGAAAGACGUCGUGCAAUGCGUUCUAAUAUACAAAAUCAAGAUAAUUCGGUGAAAAUUUUUGCUCCCGAAACGUAACGGCGAACUUAAUUCAUUCGGUCCAAGAUUCUUUUUUUCUCUCUUUAUUCUUUUUUCUCUGGAUUUUCCUUUUUUUCUUUUUCUUUAUUUUAUUUUAUUUUAUUUUAUUUUUUUUUUUUUUGAUCUUUUGUUUUUAUAUACACGAAUAUCAUAUGGAUUAUAACUCCCAUUGGCACUAGGAAUGACAACUUUUAACGUAGCUACAUUCCUGUACGAUAUAACGACUCACAGUAGUAAUUAUUGCUAUUUUAUGCACAAGGCAUAGGUGAGGAAAAGAUUUUGCAAUAUAGCAACAAUUUAAUGAUACCAUUUACAAUUGCUUUCCUCGGGAAAUAAUAAAUAAUGAUAAUAAUAAUAAUAAUAAAUAAUAAUAACAAUAACGAUAAAAAAGAAAGAAAGAAUCGUGUUAUUUAACAAACACAUUAAAAAGAAAGAAAAAACAUAAGUCAUGGAAUAUAUAUAUAUAUAUAUGUAUGUAUGUAUAUAUAUAUAUAUAUAUAUAUAUAUGUAAUCAGUAUUUCGAAUUAUUUAUAUUAGGAUUUAUUUAAAAAGUAACAUUGAGAAUAUUUUCGACGAUUAGAAAGACAUAAGUGUUACAUUAUUACAAUCAAAAUAUGUAAUUGAUUAAAGUCUAACAUUGGUAUUAUAGAAUCUAAAUGGACGAGCGAGCUUCUAUCUAUUGCAAUUCGUGAUCAUUAUAUUAUCUAUUAUUUUCGAAUAUAGACUGUCGAUUUUUUAUUUUUUUUUUUUAUUUUUUUUUUUAUUUAUUUUUUUUUUUCUAUUAUUUUCAUCCAAUUCAACUUCUUUCCCAAUAGUACUAGUAUCAUCUCAAUUUAUUCAUAUCGUGCUUUUCUAAUUUAUAGUUUGUAAUUGUAUUUAUAUAUUAUUCUUGUUAUAUUGUAUAUCAGUAUGUGUUUUACGAUCGACGUUCUUCAUUUUUUCUUUUGUUCUUUUUUUUUUUUUUUUCAAUAUUCGAUAUCUUUUUUCAUUAUUUUUUUAUCUUUUUUUUUCUUCUCUCAGAAAAUCACAAAAUACAUUAAUACGUAUAUAAAAUGUCUUUAGUGAAAUGUUAAACAUCUCGGGAUGUAUCGACGAAAAUUUUAUGAAUUUGUUAUUAUACUGUUGCCGAUGAUUCACGAUCGAUUUGUAAAUGUUGAUUGCAGGAAAGCAAAGAUUAGAGAUUAAGUUUUAAGUCAAUCCCAACGUGAUUUUCUACAUUUUAUUCUAUAGAUAUUAUGAUACUUUUGAAACAGACGAAUUUAACAAUAGUCAUGAUCGCCUAAAGUUACAUAGUUUAAUUUUCAUAACUUUAUAAAUUGGUAUUGCCAAAACGUUCCAAUGUUUUACGGCAUUGCCUUUCUAUAUAUAUAUAUAUAUAUCUAACGAUUAUUAUUAAUUUAAUAUCUGCAUAUAAACCACACACCUUAAUAUAAACAUACGUGACACAUAUAUCGAAUAUUUCGGGAAACAGUAAUUAAUAGAUUUUUACGAGUAUAUUACAUAUAUUACAUGCAUUAAACAUACGAUAUAUGUACUACAUCUAUACUAAAGAAAGUUCUUAGAUCGUUCUUAAAAGCGAAACCUAAAAACACAUUUAAGUCAGUCCCGAAACAUAGUUAUGUAAUAAUAAUAAUAAUACGCCCGCUUAAUACAAUAUAAUUUCAAUCUAAAAUGCGGGCGAUAAAACUAAUCAUUUAAACGUUUAAGAUUCGUAAUCAAGAUAAAGUUUGCGUUAUACGACGUAUGUAUAUAUAUAUAACUUCAACAGUUGUUCCAAUUGUUAAUUAUUUAUUACGUUUGCCAGAUAGUUUCUUUCUUGAACCAGCCGUCAAUGAAAUAGUAGAGACCUAGUUUAAAAGAUGUGAAGAAGAGUAAAAAGAUUCCUAUUACUUCUAUAACAUUAUUAAUAUAUGUAAUAUUAUUUUUAUUAUUAUUAUACGACUAUAUAAUGCUUUUCAUCGAUUAUUGACUACAUUUUCUAUUGAUUUCACGUGUAAAAGAUUUCAUCAAUCUCAGAAAGACAACAUUACAUCUUCUACAUGUAUUCAAAUUUCUUUUUUUUCUUUUUCAUUCAACGGAGAUUCUUCUCCCAAAUGGUGUUGUAUAUUUCGUUAAGAUUAUCCUUUUUAAGCGGAUGUAAAAAAAAAAAAAAAAAAGAAAAAAAAAGUAAAAAAAAAAACGUAAUGCAAUACGGCUGACAUUUAAUUUGCGUUUUGAAAUAUUUUCCUCGGAUCAUAUUCGAGAAAUUAUUUAGUAAUAUCACGAAAUGAAAAUAUAUACAUGCGAAUACAAAUGACAGUUAAAACAAUAAGUAUUUGUUAAUUAUAUGUAUAUUGAGAGAGAGAGAGAGAGAGAGAGAGAGAGAGAGAGAGAGAGAGAGAGAGAGAGAGAGAGAGAGAGAGAGAGAACGCAAAGAAAAACAUUAACUAUGAUAAUCGUUGCAUUAAUCGCUUACAAAGGACAGAUCAAUAUUGUUCGGCUUUAUUUGUUUUUUUAUUUGUAUUUGUAAUUUUUUUUUUUUCUUUUUUUUUAAUCGAUACGACAUUCCGAUGCAUAGAGAGAAUCCUGAAGAUCUCUUUUACGAUUUAGCUAUCGAUCGCACAAACGAAGCGAUAAGUCAGUCGCAGUGUUAUACCUAAGAAUACUCAGACGAUAUAAGCUACUUUUACGAUUAUUGACGAUAACGAUACGCGUAUAUAAAAAAACAAAAAAAAAAAAAGAAAUAAUAAUAAUAAUAAUUUUUGCCAAUCCCGUUAUUUGCUCGUUUUCGAUAAUUGUCAAUUACAUUAUCUGGCUAUUUUCAAAUUUGUAUAAAAAACAAAACAAAAAAAAAAAAACAAGAAAAAAAAGAGAACAAAAGACAAAAAAUGAAAAAAAAAAAAGGAGAAAAGAAAAAAAAAACGGAAGCAAAUUUAUUCGCGUGAUUUAUUCCAUUGUUGAUUCCCUUGGUGCCUUCGUUAUUUAUAUGUGUACGUAUAAUCGACUGACAGCUACUAUCUUAAAAGGUAUUCAUUAAUUUAUAAUAACGAUAUAAUAUAGCAGAAUCUAUCAGCAGAUGCAUCGUAAGUAAAUAAUUCAAAAUGAUUGCUUUUCGAUAUUUUUCGGAAAGGAAAGGGAAACGAAAAGAGGAAUCGGGAAAAUUGUAAAGAAAAUUUUCCUUCUCGUUUGUCGACUUUUUUUGCUUAUUAUUUUUCUUUCUCUUUCGUCACGUUUUUGCGACUACAUCGUAUACUUAUCCCGUUCGUAUCGUAUGCAAUGAAAUUAACAUGAACAUUUUUAUUAAACUGUAUUCAACGUAGCGAGAACGUCGAAUUAUUAUAUCUUUUCUUUUUAUUAUUUUUUUUUUUUUUUCUUUUUUCAUUUUUGUUCUUCGUCCUUUCUUUUCUUAUCUUUGAGAGAUUACAUGUCGCUCGUAACUGUAUAUACACAAGCGUUAGCGUGAGAGAUGAUUUUUUGUAUGAAAUGUGAAUAUAUAUUACGGACGAAUGCGUAUAUAACGUUAAUCGAAAUUGUAUCGCGUAAUUUAGUUGAAAUUAUAUUUGUAUAUUUACCGGCACGGUUCGAAUCGUCAAACAACAUGUAUAAGAUUUCUUCGAUAUACUUUACACAUUAAUAUAGAUACUUUACAAUUAGUAAUUUAUACUGAGUAUAAUCGUGC